CCUCAGGUUACGCGCAUGUACUACCAUGCAUGUGCUAUGUACUACCUAACCUAGGGUACCCUAGGUAUGUACAGUAGGUAUGUACUCAAGAAUGAUUGAUUGAACAUUGAAGGAUCAGGCUCUGUGUAUUUCCAGCCACAAUGUCAAAGAAGUGGGAUAGCUGUGCCACAGUUCUUCAUCAAUGUUCACCUCAGUGCUCCAGUGGGACGUUGCCCCGCAAUAUACGCCUACUGUAUCCAUGGAUGCCUUCCAAGGUUGUAUCGAUAGCUCAACUUUAGGUAGUUACAUGUACCUCUUCAGUGUCUGCGACCACUUAACGCGACCAACCAUUUACAACUUCAACAAUCACGCUUGACGGUUGAGCUGUUCCACGACCCAAACAAACAACCAUCUUUCCCCGCGUCGGUUUUCUCACUCCCCUUGAUCCAAUGGAAAUGUGACUUAAACGAUUCUCUCGACUCGGCAACAUUUUUAGUCCAGUCCUGAUGGUGUCGUUUGGAGCUCCCAUUUCUUACACCAAAUCUCCUCUUGGUUGAACUUAAGGAGCAUCAAAUCAACAAUUUCCCAAGAGAUUUUGAUCAUACCAUUCACAUAAUAUCUUUACGGGAACCCUCCAGUAAAAAUGCCCGAUCUGAAUUCUGUCCCACCGUCUCCCCAUAUUCUUGCUGCCUCUCGACAUGCUUCCAACCAAAGCAAUGGACAGUCGCAAGUCUCUCCUCCCCCGGCGCCCAUCUCACCCUCCUUGAACAUUCUUCCAUCAAACCAGCAGACUGUCAACCGAGCAUCCUCUAUUUCUCUUCCCUCCCCUCCUUUGCCUAAUAUGCCUUCCAUUCACCCAACUUCUGCUCCCGGACAGGACAACACUGGCGUUGGUACUGGCCCAGGCCCUUUGCGACAUCCACGUCCCUUGACAGCUGCUGAGUUGCAUUCGCAACUAGAACAGGAGCAAGAACUGUUGGUGAACCGUUUGACCCGUGAUUUGACCAUGCUUCGAGCCGCUCAAAACUCUUCUGUGGCCUCAAAUACUUCGUCUGCCAGCGCAUCGACCUCUGCCGAUCCGACCCACCCGUCUUCUUUCACCGAUACCCAUCUUCUGUCUGGUCCGGGUUUCCCUCUUCCCAGUACUAGUGCUGACCGUCGACACCACCGCACAAAUUCUUCUGCUAGCACACGAAGUCUCAACCAGUCUGCUGUGGCUACUCAGGGAUCUACUCCUGCGCCGAUACCAAUUCCUCAACCGCAUUCCGGCAGUGCUGCUUCGGUUCUAGAGGCGGCGCGAAACCCCCGAGGCGCGCCAGGAAUGAGUAGGCAGAAUAGUACCGCUUCCCACCGAAGCGGGAGUCGAAACCAUUCACCACACCCAUACCAUAUCAGUACUUCUCUAGGUUCCUCAUACACGCAACCCCAUGGUUUCCCUCAUGAAUAUGUAUCUGGUUACUUCCCUCGCAAUUCUGCGUCCUCUACCACGAGCGUAGCAGCUACUCCUGGCUCGGAGCUCUCCCCAGGACUCCUGCCGGCAACCCUACGUUACGAAGAGACAGCCCACUACCGACAAGAGUUGGAAACAGCCAAGCGGGAGAAUGAGUCACUCAAGAGACGUAUCAAGGACCUAGAACGUGCCCUACGUGACCGUCGACCAAGUGACGCGAGCCGCACCAGCGGUGGAAGGGACCGAAGCGAGAGCGUGAGCACCACGGCUAGUGUUAGUGUCAGCGGCGCAACUGGUCUUGGAAGUUCCAUGGGAGGAGGUACAACCAUAGCUGGAGACCGCAGGGGAGAGAGAAGAGCUAUUGAGCGAGGCAUGAGCAAUCUAAGCAUGACAGGAAGUGUGGCGGCUGGUGUGCCUGAGGAUGAGGUAAAAGUGGGAGAGAGUGCUGCCAGUGCCGGCUUGCCAGUGGUUGGUGAACAAAGUCAGGAGACAAAGUAAGGGAUGGAUGUGGCUUAUCCUCCAGUAUGAGCUGUGAACUGCAGUGAAAAUGAGAUCACGAAUGCAGUGCAUCAUUGUCGAGGAAUUGAGGCAUUGUUCAUUAUUACUCUACGUUAACCUUGCAGAUAGGUUUAAGGGUAGUAGAAAGUCGGUAGAUCAAUCAAUGAAUGAAUAGCUGAACAAACCGUAACCGAUGACCAUUCAUAGUGCUCUACUGUACAGUGUUGCACUAAAUCAUAAGUUGUAACUAUAACUUGAAAUGGCUUCCUUGACAAUGGAU